ACCACUACAUGCAGCCAAAAAGAAACAACAACAACAACGUCUGUGUUUUACGUGCGUGAAAAUUAGUUAAGUUUUUAUGAAAAAAACCUACUUGGUUGGGUUUUUAAGAGCUAUCGACCUUUCCACAUGCUGCGGGGGAUUGCGGGGCAAAGGGCUUUAAUCAGCAGGACAGGACAAAAAGGUCAGGAAACGUGAAUUUUGCGAAAGUGAAAACGGGGCAGUGCUGUGGAAAACGAAGCAAAACGGUGCCAAAAAAAAAAAAAGAAAAACGCAAGGAAAAGCAGCGAAAGCGGUGCAAAGGCAAACGCGCGAUAAAGCAGCAGGUGCAGAGAAACGCGAGCAUCGAAGAUAUAGCCAAAUAAUCUGUGGUUUCAACCGAUUUGCCAGCGAAACAAGUAAUUGCCACCCACACACGCACUCCCGAAAACAAAUUGUGUACAUACAUACAGACAUACGUAUUGGGUAGUGCGGCGCUUGAAAAGCUGUCUUCAUCACCAAUCUCUUCGCAUUUCCAUCGUAAACCCACUCCGAGAACCGCCCCACACAUGUCCUACAUGAUGGCCAAGACGCUGGAGGAGCAGAGCCUGCGGGAGUGCGAGCACUACAUCCAGACCCACGGAAUCCAGCGAGUCCUCAAGGACUGCAUCGUCCAGCUGUGCGUCUGCCGACCCGAGAAUCCUGUGCAGUUCCUGCGCCAAUACUUUCAGAAACUCGAACGGGAACAAGUCAAACUGGAUGCCAGUAGACAGGUGAUCAGCCCCGACGACUGCGAAGAUCUCAGCCCGAUGCCACAGACAGCUGCUCCGCCGGUGCGCCGGCGCGGUGGAAUCUCCGCCGAACCCGUCACCGAGGAGGACGCCGCCAACUAUGUGAAGAAGGUGGUGCCCAAGGACUACAAGACGAUGAACGCUCUCUCCAAGGCGAUUGCCAAGAACGUGCUAUUCGCCCAUUUGGAUGAGAGCGAGCGAUCCGACAUAUUCGAUGCCAUGUUCCCAGUGAAUCACAUUGCCGGCGAGAAUAUCAUCCAGCAGGGCGAUGAGGGAGACAACUUCUACGUGAUCGAUGUGGGCGAGGUCGAUGUCUUUGUCAACUCCGAACUGGUGACCACCAUCAGCGAGGGCGGCAGCUUCGGUGAAUUGGCCCUGAUCUAUGGCACUCCCCGCGCCGCCACCGUGCGGGCCAAAACCGAUGUGAAGCUGUGGGGCAUUGACCGCGACUCCUACCGCCGCAUCCUGAUGGGCUCGACCAUCCGUAAGCGCAAAAUGUACGAGGAGUUCUUGUCGCGCGUCUCCAUCCUGGAGAGCCUGGACAAAUGGGAACGCCUCACGGUGGCCGAUUCCCUGGAGACCUGCUCCUUCGACGAUGGCGAGACGAUUGUGAAGCAGGGAGCAGCCGGCGACGAUUUCUACAUCAUCCUGGAGGGCUGUGCGGUGGUGCUGCAGCAGCGUUCCGAGCAGGGCGAGGAGCCCGCCGAGGUGGGGCGUCUGGGUAGCAGCGAUUACUUUGGCGAGAUUGCUCUGCUUUUGGAUCGACCACGAGCGGCGACCGUCGUGGCCCGCGGGCCGCUCAAGUGCGUCAAACUGGACAGGGCGAGAUUCGAACGCGUUUUGGGACCCUGCGCCGACAUCCUCAAGCGCAACAUCACGCAGUAUAACAGUUUCGUUUCGUUGUCCGUCUAAGUCAGCAACAACGACAACAACAACAAACACUACAACCAAGCAACAACAAAGAGCAGCAGCAGCAAGAAACAACAACCGAGAAACAAACAAAGCAACAACGCAGCGAACGUCGUCGAAAAACAACAUGAAGACGGAUGGGAAAUAAGUGGAUAGAAAAACAAACAAACGCUCAGCAGCAUAAAAAUGAAAUCGUAAACUAUAUAAGUGUGUAAAGUUAAUUGCCACAAAGCCAUCGGAUUCUCGAUUCUGUUCAGUCAGAGAUACAGAAUAGAAUGCGUGCGUGGGGGCUGAGGGCUAAAAAAUGUUAAUUAUCUGAUUCUGUAUGUUGUGCUGAAGUUACAUAAUUGUGUACGUGUGUGUCUCUGUGAAAAGGUUGCGGCGGCAUGUUCCCCACCCCGCAACCCCCGACAUCGGAGAUAGUUUUUUGCCCAGGCUUCGUCUAUAUACUUCUCUUAACUUCUUCCGAGUUCUCCAAAUCUUUUUGUAUAACUUAUGGAACAUGCUGCCUUCCCAAAAACAAAAAACGUUUCAUUAAAAUAUCCAACUGACAUCUGAAUGUUUUUUAACAAAGAAAUAAACACGAUGAAUAUAUGUGUAAUAAAUAAAAUCAUACAAAAAAUGGCAACACACACAGGCACAAAACACAAACACACGAACUCACACACUCUCAUACGGGGCAUGAAGUCAUGGAAAAUAUAAGAAAGGAACGAAAAAAUUGUA